UUUCUUUAAAAUACCUAACCUAGUAAUCAAAUCACAUUCAUCUUUCCUACACUUCGCGCAUCAAACAUUCCCAUCCCUCAGCUUGAGCAGCAUAUUCCACCCUGCCAACUGACCCGCGGCUCAUUUUCUUCUACCAAAUUACAUUCAUACAACUUUGUUCUUCCAAGUGCUGCUGCAGCCUGCACCGAACUGCAUGAAGUCUCUCGCCACCUUCCAAGGUUUCAAGGCUUUAUGAUAUUUGCAUCCAUUUGGCAGAACUUGACACGCUUGUUUUUGGUCCGCCUGGCGCGAACUUGUGCAUAUCACUUCGCAUCCUCAUAGGUGUCUUUUCUCGUCGCGUAUUCUCUCAUCUUCAUGCGCAUUACUACAUCGUCAAAGUCGUUCUCUGUCCACACUUUGUUGUGCUCCAAGGCGACCUACUCACUGUAGCAUACUAUUAUUUCAUGUUCAUUAUCUUUCCAGUUGGUUACUUGUAAUCCAAUUAGGAAAAAUAUGAUCUGAGUAUUUCUUCGACAUGGCCGAUUAUCGUAGACCGACCUCUCGGGCCUCUCGGCCUUCCCGGCCCUCCCGCGCUCCGCUAGGUGAUGCCACUUCUCGCAUAAACAAUACAUCAUCGACGCAUUCAACCAAACAAACUCAAGUUCAGGCUCAGGCUCCCCAACCUAACCCUCUGAGAGCUCACCCCACCAAUUCGGCGCGUCAACAUACCAGCUUAGACGCAAGCGCUACUUCAAAGCAUGACAACCCGCGAGCGCCUGCUAAGACCAAGUCUCGCGCUCCGAUCAUUCUGCAGAACCCCACAGACAACAAGCGCAACUCCCAAGCUUCAACAAUUACGGUGACAACCUCUAACGGCGAGCGCCGUAAAACCCAUAUUGGGCCCUGGAAGCUCGGAAAGACUUUGGGCAACGGUUCGGCUGCUCGGGUUCGGUUGGUUAGACACAAUGUUACCAAUCAGUUAGCCGCCGUAAAGAUCCUCUCAAGGAACGGCAAUCCGAUGAUGCAGCCGGGAAGCAUAGCCGCUCUCGACAGAUGGGAUCGCACCCGCGCUGAGUUCAAGUCGGAGAAUCGCAUUCCCUUCGUGAUCGAAAGGGAAGUAGCUAUCAUGAAGCUUAUCGAACACCCGAAUAUAGUGAAGCUUUAUGAUAUUUGGGAAAACCGAUCGGAAAUUUACCUUGUCCUCGAGUACGUAGAGCAAGGGGACCUCUACAGCUACCUUACUAGAGCUGGCCCUCUAGCUGAAGAUGAGACAAUGUACUUCUUCCGGCAGAUACUCGACGCUUUGGAAUAUGUCCACUCUUUCAACAUAUGCCACCGUGAUCUGAAGCCGGAGAACAUUCUUCUCACCAAGGACUACCGGAUCAAGGUCACCGACUUCGGCAUGUCGGCUAUGCAUCAAGGACCUAAUCACCUACUGAAGACGGCCUGUGGAAGCCCGCAUUACGCUGCUCCUGAACUUAUGAACCGAAGCUACUAUCGAGGUGACAAGACUGAUCUGUGGAGCCUUGGAGUCAUACUGUAUGCUUGCAUGUGCAACGUUCACCCUUUCGAGGACGACAAUGUUCAUCAACUGCUGGCGAAAAUCAAAAGAGGCCAGUAUCAUGUGCCUUCUUUCAUCGGCCGUGAAGCCCGGAACCUGAUCGGGAGACUAUUGACAGUAAACCCAGACCAGCGCAUAUCCAUACGAGAGAUUUGGCAGCACCCUUUACUUCGUCGGUAUGAUUAUCUAGAUAACCUGAAUAAAGGGGACCGUGCACAUGUCUAUUCACGGGAUACUCGGUAUGAUCCGGUACCAGUUGAGGAGCUCGAUAUGCAGACUUUGAGACAAUUGAAGUCUGUGUGGCAUACGUUUGACGAAAAGCAACUAGCAUCAAAACUAGUGAGCCCCGAGCCCAAUGAGUUCAAGACGUUUUAUUGGCUCCUUUACAGUUACAGGGAAAAGAGACUGGAGAACUACGGGAAUGAAUUGACGCAUUCCGCAAGCGACUACCAUCACUUGCAGCCUCCAAACUGGACAAAAAAGUACACAACCCUAGACUUCCCUGCCAAGAAUGGACGAUCUAUGUCGCGCUUCACCGUCAUCUCUAAUAUUGCGACUGAUGAGAAUGGCGAGCCUCUCGAGAGAGCUUCUACAGAUUGCGGUUCUACCAUUCAAAGUUACGAUCCGUAUAAAUCAUCCCGUAUUCUGGACGAUGUAGUGGCCAGUCAGGCAAAGAUUGUCGUCCACCGCAAUGGUACUACGUCUACUCGGAACUCCCAAGCUCCAAGCGUACGUAGUAGGUCAGUCAGAACCAACUCUACAUAUUCACGACGUGGUACAGGUGGGAAGCACGCAAAAGCCCACCCUACUCUACGUGGCUCACGGCGUUCUUUGAAUUCGAUCCAAAGUGGCGAGGAGAUUUCUUACAAACGGUCAGCUUCGCGUCGCAAGCGUGGGGUCGACUUCUCGCGGGCUCAUAAGCAAUUGGCCAGUCAGAGCGAUAUAGAAAGUAGCCGCACCAAUAUCAUGGUACACAGCACACCGAAUGAGCAAAUGCCUUCAACCCCUACCGGUCCUAAGAAGAGGAAUAGGCUAUCGAAGAACCGUGAGGGAAUUCGAUCAGGCACACAACCCCACGAAGGUUCCAAGACUAAAGACGAAGGCUUAUGCUGGAACGAAGAGCUACGCCACUUCAGCAAUACUAUUGCGAAGGACUGCGACGAGGCCUUCAACAGUACCCUGCUAAGUCGAGAGUCAUACCUGGGCGAGUCUUCGUUACCAGAGACACAAACUAUCUUGACUUCCACCAGCACACCUACCCCAAUCUCUCAAGUAACUGGAGAAAUAAGAGGUAACGCACAGCCACGAGAAUCCUGGCCACUACCUACGACUUCGAAAGGGUUAGACAUCCGUGGGUAUGCAACGCUGAAGACCGACCGAGUCCAGGAGAGUAUGCCCGAAUCUGCAGGAGAGGUAAACAAGAUUGAUUCCCAAUUCAAGCGACUUGGUCAGUCUGUUAGACCCUUUGAGCAGGUAGGAGCAGAGCGUAGAAUCGUAUCGGCUCCAAUCUACUCGCAGUACAGCACGCAAUGGGGUAAAGAUAGAAUACCCUUACCAGCUAUUAACGAGGGUGUAAAGGAAGAUGACUCGUUUGGAGAUGGGGAUAAGAUGAGAGUUGUUUCCGCACCUGCAGAAGUCUCGUCGGCUCAUUAUGCGCCAGCUGAGGAAGGGGCUGAGUUGGAAAAUUUGGCCCAAACUGUGGACACGAUACGCCUGGUCGAUUCUCCAUCUAAUCGGCCACAUAAAAUCGUGGUUCCCACCUUUCCUAACAACCGCAAGGAGUUGUCUAAUAUCGUGAAGGAGAUUCCACAGGCGCGACAAGGACUUACUCUCCGCGAGCAAUAUGUAGAAGAUGAAAUGAAAGCGCCGAACACCAACGAGUCCACCAUGCCGACUGGACCAGCUAGAACAGAUUCUACGUCCACGAUUAAGAAGAAAUCUUCCUGGUUCAAGCGCAGCUCUAAAGAGAAACCUGAAUCAGCCGAUGGCUCGACUUGCGGGAACAUUGAUGGUCCCGACCACGCAGAAACCAAUUCAUCGGCUCCUGCAAUUGCACCGCCAACGAAGAAGAGGAGCUUUCCCUUCGCUUUCUGGCGUGGAAACAAAGAGCAACCUCAGUUUAAAGUCUCGCUUGCAGGUCCCGAGAUCGAGGAUCAUUCUAACCCUGAGACUCCUCGAGCAUCCAGUCGUUCAUCUCAUCGACUACAGACCAAGGCGUCGCAAGAGAAACCCUCUGGAAACCGCAACAUUGAACCGCAGCAGAAUUGGUUGGCUCGCCUGUUCCGAGUUAAGCCAGCAACUAGAUAUCUUUGCUUCUCUAUUCCCCGUCACCGUGUAAGACAAGAAAUCGUCUUUUUGCUGAGGGAGUGGCGUCGCCACGGCAUGAGGGACGUUGUGGUUGACAAGGAACGUAACCUUGUCUUUGCACGAGUUGCUAACAAAAAUGAUCUCGACUUGAAGGAAGCUUCAUUUGCAGCAGAGAUCAUGACUGUCAUCGAACACGGCAGACGUAAUCAGCUCUGCAUUGUUCGAUUCACACAAGAACGUGGGGCAGCUUCUACUUUCAAUAAGGUGAUAGAUACUAUGGACGACAUCUUCCUUGCACGAGGUCUACUCAUCGUCGACAAGUACAAGAUCAAGAUGAUGAUCAAGACACUCAACUCGUGACAUUAACUUGCUAAUAAAAAAAAAAGUUUUUGGUCCCUAUUAGGGAUAUGAAUGCGCAUCAACUUGAAGGAGUUUCAGGCGACACCGGUGUUAUAAUGGGAGGCAUUCUUCUCUUUUACAUCCUUGGCAUUUGUUGAUGAAUAGCUUGGAUGCUUUGGGAACAAAUUCCUGGAAUACGCAACUGUGAGGAAUCUGGAUACGGCAGUGUUACCUAUACUAUGCCAGAAAACAGAAAACCUCCAGACUGUAUGAUCCUGAUUAUUUCUUUUUCUUUUCCUUUCUUUUUCAUCCGCCCUUCUUUCCUCUUUUCUAUAUGAGAUGGGGAGAGGCGAUGAUGUUGACGGUUGAAGAUGGGUUACCAAUGAGUGGACUCUUCCUUAUGCUGCAAAAAAAAUACGGUACUGGUUGUACUUAUAAUCAUGGCUCUGGUUGGAACAAAAUCUGCUUCAUAACUCAUAAUCCGCAUCAGUCAUUUUUUUAGGUACUGCAUUGCGACUUUUUUUUUAUUAGCUAUGGUUUGUUUCGAUUCGAUUCUGACA